UGCGAGCACGCCUUUCCGCCGGGCGCCACAAGCGGCGGCUUUGUGCGCGCCGCCCGGCGCGGAGCAUGAAUGCCCUUCUGUUCCGCCGCACUGUGGCUCUCCAGCUGCGGGACAACGCGUUCGCUUUGUGCCUCCUCCGGACACGGCGCCGCUUUGGGAACGCGCACAAAAGAGAUCAGCUGACCGGCCACAAUAUGAGACUAUGAACUUGUGAGCGCCGCCGUACACCGAAACGCUGUAACAGUGUGGUGCGCGCGCGCGCACGCGCGUAGCCGAGCAAAGUGUCACUGCGUGUGAUACCUGACUCCAGGUGAUGCCCUAGUUGCAAAGUGACAGCAGGCAGGUGGAACACUCCCCAGAUAGCCUUGCGCGCAGAGCCGGACGCUAGAAAAGCGAAGGCGGCAGGGCAGGUUCCAGCCCUUGAGGCGUCUCUUCGGGAAGAAGAAGCAGAAGAGGGAGGCCCAGGGGGGGUUGGAUGGGGCGCAGCUGAAGGCCAGUUUCUCCACCGGGGAGGUGUGCAAUGGAGUUGUGUUUGACGACGAGAACGCCGGUCAAACUCUAAGAGAGCUGAAUCCCGUUGGAUCUCGAGCCCUCUCGCACGAGAGCAUCUUCAUCCCGGAAGAGUCGGCCGACCUGGAUCGCACCAUGUCACAGGAAAACGUCUCGGACAAAGUGAAAAAUCUGCAGAAGCAGAUCGCGCAGAAUAUCAAGUUCGGCCAGAAGCCCCCCUCUCUGAGAAGAAGCGAGGGGGAUGAAAUAAGUUCCGAGGAGGACGAGGAGGCGCCACAGAGUCCUCUGAGAGUGACGGCGCAGGUCGAAAUGGAGCCGCUGAAAGCGGAGACGGCGGUCGGAGCGGCCCUGCAAGCGACAUCGCACGGGACCCCUGUGAAGUCCCCCAGGUCCAGAAAGGUCCUUCCACCCGGUGGUACUAUCGAGUCGGUUAACCUGGAUGCCAUUCCGCAGUCGGCGUCUCUCCUGGACAACACGGCAGCUAAGCAUAAACUGUCUGUCAAACCCAAGAAUCAGAGGAUUUCACGCAAGCAUCGGCGGUUCACAGAGGACGUCCAGGAAAUAUCCAUCUCUGGCGCGGUGCAGGAGGACCUGGAAGUGACGGGCAUCACCACGGAGCACCGACGCAGAUCGUGCGCCGAAAAGUCCCCGGAAGACUUGGAGGAGCAGGAACGACUAGACCAGAAGAGGAAGCGGGCGCUGGAGGAAGAAGAGAGGAGGCAGCGAGCAGAGCAACUGAGGAUCGAAGAAGAGGAGAGGUGUCGUAAGCAGCGCGAAGAGAAGGAAAAAGAAGAGAGAAGGCUCCGUGAGGAAGAAGCGAGAAGGAUGAGGAAGGAAGAGGAGAGGAGGCAGCAAGAGGACAAGGAGCGCAAAGAGGAAGAGGAAAGGAGGAUGAGGACAGCGCAAAGAAGGAAGGAGGAAGAGGAAGCCAGGAGGCAACAGGAGCUUGAGGCUCAAAGGUUAUGUUUGGAGGAAGAGGAGAGCAAGAAGAAGAAAGAUGCCAAGAAGCAGAGGUUCCACGAGAUCCAAGCGAAACACAAACUGGACUCGGAGGAACAGCCGAAGAGAACGGCGCAAGAUGAAGGGGACAGACGCUCGGACACUCAGGAGAGGAAGAGGAGAGCUGACGAGCUCCGGUGGAGGGAGAUGGAGGAGAGGCAGAGGCCUUUCUCCUUCCAGGUUUCCUCCGGAGAAAAAGAAAUCCUCUUCCCGAAAGUUAACCUGACCCCCGUUACGCCGCCCUCGGUCAUGGACGGGUCGACCGUCGCGUCAAGAGAAGGAAUUAGUCCCUCCUCCGAAGCACCGUACUCCCCCAACCGGCAGAGUUCUCCGUACGUCCCCCACACUGCCAUCCUGGUGACCGGCACCCAGCUGUGUGGCACCGCCGUCAAUUUGGAUCAGAUCCGGGAUACCGCCUGCAAGUCCCUGUUGGGUCUCAGUGAGGAGCGUAAGGCCCAGGGAAUACCGCCCGCCAAGACCAAAACGUCGCCUGACCGCAAGUCGGCAAAGACAAAAUCUCUCACCGAGUCCCCUGAGCCGGACCCGGCGGGUGCAGCUGUGUUGGCUGAAUGGGCCACCAUCAGGUCCAAGAUAUUCAAGGGCGUGGAGGAGGGCAGUGAAUACCCAGACCCGAACAGAAUCCAACCACAAGCCAGCCACGAAGACCAGCACGAAUUUCCUCACACGCACUUGAGGAAGACCAUGUCCGCUAGCGCCAAGUUCUCCAUCACGCCUGCCAAGAAGAAGUUCGGCGGUUCGAACAGGAACUCUGAGUGCUCCAGUACUAGUGUGUUGGACGAUAAAAUGGGAGAGGACGCCAUUUCGUCAGACGCAUCCAGUUCUGCUUCGCCGGCCGCAAGGCGUAAAGCUCAGAAUAGGAUUAGUAAGGGCGUCCGCCUCGUCGAUAGACCAGAGGACGAAUGUGUUUUUGCCAAAGACCUUCCAUCCUUCCUUGUUCCCAGCCCUGGAGCCAAGCCCGAAGAGCCUGAACGGAAAGCUCAGGAUCGUACUGGUUCGGCGGAGCCCGAAAGUAGAGUUGAAGGCGACGAACCGAAUUGGGAUGGUGGGGAAAAGCCUUCCCCAUUUGGCAUCAAGCUCAGGAGAACAAAUUACUCACUCCGGUUCCACAACGAGCAGUCCACAGAGAAACGGAAGAAGCGCUACAGUGCUGGAGACAGUUUUGAUGGUGUUCCCUCGCCCCUGACCCCCAUCGAGUUGGACUCUGACGCCUCUUCGGUCUUUUCCGACCGAUCCAGUCCAACAUCGCCUCAGAGAGAAGCGAAGUACUCCCUCGCCUUGGCCUCCCCUGUGGUCCCACGGGCCAUCUUAGGCAAAUCCCCCAGCCCCACGCCACGAUCCGACGGUGACAACGUGCCCUCCAAGUCGUCGCUCUACCGCCGACCACCCGCAUCGCUCAAACCUGCAGAAGGAGUUCCCGCCUGUCCUCCGUCACCGCUGCCUAAAACGAGUCACAGCGAGACAGAGGACUCGGUCGGCCGGGGUCAGCCCACGGCGGUGGCCCAGCUACAUCGGAGCAGCCAAGGUCAAGGGGAGGACGAGCCCAAAGAGAAGAGAUCCUUCUUUCAGUCCAUCAACAUCCCCUGGAGGGACAAAAUGGACCGUAAGACAGAGAUCAUCAAGAGAGAGAAACCUUCGCUUCAGAGCAGGCAUUCCCUGGAUAGCGCCAGGGUCCAGGAGAAGGAGGCGGGCCCCUUGUGGAUCACGUUGGCGCUCCAGAAGCAGAAAGGAUUCAGAGAACAGCAGCAGAACCGCGAGGAGCGUCGCAGCCUACGGGAAGCCAAGCUGUCUGAGAAGCAAGCCCGGGAGCGAGACAGUGUGGGCUCAGCGACGACAAUUAGCCCCACGGAGAGCCGAGGACGGAGCGGGAGCGUCAGUCCCGGUUGCAAAGCGCCGACGCCGGACGAGCCCAAGAGACCCGACAGCCUGCUGGGACGCUUCGAGAGGCGAGAGCAGCUGAAGAAAUCCAACACGCUGCCCAGCUCCGUCACGGUGGAAAUCACCGACUCCACGCCAUCGCCCCCUGCUGUCAAGGAGGUCUCCAAGCGCUUCCCCACCAUGGACUCGCCGCAGGUGUCCACCGAGCCCGCCUGGCUGGCUCUGGCCAAGCGGAAGGCCAAAGCCUGGAGUGACUGUCCUCAGAUCAUCAAGUAACAACACCCCCACACCCCACUUACCCCCCCCCCCCCCCCACCCUCCUACUCACGACUGCAGCGGCCCCCAACCGCCAUUUUGGCCCGAGUAGACCACAAAGACCGAAAAUCCCUUAAUUUAUAAUUAUAGUUGACGUGUUGUUUUUUUUUUUUUUUUUUUUUUUUUCAGGAAAAAGAAAGGGGGUGUUUUUGUGGGGAGGGGGGGGUAAAAAUAUAUCCGCAAAUAGGCAAAAUCACAAAUGCCAGAAUGCAACACUGCGUGCAAGACAGUCUAUCGCUCCAUAUUACAAACACAAAAGAAAGAAAUGAUGGUAGGUUUUAAAAAAAAUAAUAAUAAUAAAAUAAAUAUAAUAAAUUAAAAAAAACAAGGUUGGGGACCGCUGCCCUCCAACACCAGCUCUGCAUGGAGACACCACAACACUGCACAAGCGCUCCCAUCGUCGCACCGGCUGCGUUCCAAAAAUGCAAAUACUUUAUGAUGUGACAAGGUUGCGAGCAUGCGGCUAACACACAAAUACAUUUUUUUUUGUUACUACUGUAGCCAAACACUGGGAUUGUAAAUACGCCUCCGAGCGAAGAGUGUUCGGACGGGGUGGGGGGGGGGAAGGGUCGCCGAGGGUCUCUUAAAGGGCUAGCAGUGUUAUUUCCACCGCGUCCGCCGGGGGGAUUCGCGGAGGGGGGUCCCCCCCCCCCCCCCGCUCGGCUUCCGUUCACUUCCUGCUUGCUGUAAAAUGUAGAUCGGGGGUGGGCAAAGUACGGCUCGUGGGCCACGUUCUUUUAAUCUGACAUGAUCAAGAGUCCUGGAAUUGUUGUUCAGAUGUUAGUUCAGCCACUUUCACAAAUAAAUAAAAACUAUACAUUAUUUUUUAACAUUUAAUAGGAGUCCUGUAAUAUUUGUUGCAUUAACUUUAAAUUUGUUAUAAAACUAAAUUGGACACUUCGCUUGCCCUAAAAAUAAAAAAUAAAUAAAAAUUGAUUUACCAUUUAUUUUAUUUUAAAUGAUCCAAAUUGUAGCAUUAAUUCAGUCAUGCCUUCCUCAAAAAUAUAUUUAUGUCGUAAAAAGUACUAUAAUAUUGGCUGCAUAAAUUUAGUUCUUUUCGCCCCAAAAUUAGUUAGUUAAAACGGAAUAAUUCGACUUCAUUUAUUUGAUUUUCCUUAGUGAUACAAUAUCUUGGGCAAAUUCAUUUAAUAGCUGUCAAUAAUACAGUUGAAUAAUUUUUUUCAUUGACGUAAUAUCAUUGAAAUAGUAUUGGAUGAAUGAACUUUAGUAAUUGGCCUCACAGUCCCGAGGACCCGGGUUCGAUCCCGGCCUCGCCCGUGUGGAGUUCGGAUGUUCUCCCUCGUGCCUGCGUGGGUUUCCUCCGGGCAUUCCGGUUUCCUCCCACAUUCCAAAAACAUGCGACAUUAAUUGGACGCUCUAAAUUGCCCUUAGUGAGGAUAAGCAGCAAAGAAAAUGGAUGGAUUAAAUUAAAUUGGACACUCUCCCUGCCCUAAAAAAAUUAUAUUAAAAUUGAUUAAAUUUGUUAUUUUGAAUGAUCCAAUUUGUAGCAUUAAUUCCUCAAAAAGAUUAUUUCAUAAAGACUUCUACAAUAUAUGCAUAAUAUAUAUAUAUCUAUAUAUAUAUAUAUAUAAUGUAAAUCUAGUUAAUUUCGCCCCAAAACUUGUUACAACUUAAUAAUUUGACUUCAUUUAUUUGACUUGAUUUGUCAAUUGAUUUUCAUUAGUGAUACAAUACCUUGGGCAGAUUUAUUUUAAUAAAGUUAUAAAUACAUGUGAAUAAAAUUUGAUUGAAGUAAUAUCAUUGAAAUAGUAUUGGGAUGAAUGAACUUUAAUAAUUCUGUAAAUUUGUUUGAACCUCAUCUACAAAAAAGACCUUGACCAUCUUUCUCAUUAAGUUAGCAUAUUAUUAAUCAGUUAAUAAUCAGUUACGCAUGAGUAAAAUUAAUGUAUAUAUUUUAUGAAACCAGUCAUUAAUUGUAAUGAAAUUAAUAUUUAAAAACAAAAAAAGAGAAUACUAAUAGAUGAAAACAAACUAUUUGACACCUUUUUUAUUAACCUGGAAUUGGCCUGGUCCCUCUGUCCUUCCUAAAAAUUAUACGAUUGCAAAAGUUUGCCCACCCUUGAUGUAGGUCAUCAUCAUCAUCGAUAUUUCCUCCUCCUCGUUAGUGUACUUCCUGCCAUAACCAUGUGCAACAUAAUAUGUACUGUAUGUAAGACAGAGCCUUGUUUCUAACCUUGCCGGUGUACGCAGUGUUAUGUGUUUAAAAAAAAGAAAAAAAAAUGGUAUUAUUUGCACUUUUUUUGGGGGGGGGAGGGGUCCUACUUAAACUUGUGAAGGGAUGUUCUUAAAUGAAAAAAAAAAUAUGAAUAAUUUAAAUAUGUCAAAACUGACUUGGCUGCUUGUGUGUGCUA